AUGUACAAUAAGUGGCAAAUCCCACAAGGUGCAUCUGAUUCUAACCAAAAUCAAAAUGUGGAUUGGGGCGCUCUUGCCACACAAUGGGUUCAACAGCGAGAAUUUAUGCAGCAAUCACCGAUGCAAAUGGUACCACCAAUGAUGUCUCACAUAAUAGGCAUUCCACCUCCAAGCAGCAUACAGAUGCCAAUGCAUUUCAAUGUUCCGCCUCCUCCUAUGUCACUUGUAUCUCAACAACAAACUACACCGAUACAUUUUCCACCUGCAUAUGCUCCCGUUCCACCGCCACCAAACACGCCAAGUCAACAACAACGACCACAAAUGCAGGUUGGUCCAAAUCCUCUUAACGAAAGUAUAUCGAUGACGAACACUGAAAGUCAAAAUCCGUCGUCUGAUCAAUGGUCAAAGCAGAUGAUGUCGAGACACGAAUGGAAUACAAAUUGGAGAUCGUCUCAACAACAAAGUUUACCAAAUAUUAAUUCAAACACAGUAGAUUAUCCAGUACUACCAGACAUGUCUUUUUCGACAACACAACCUAAUUAUCAUGCACCACCACCUCCACCACCACCACCACCACCGUCAGUUCCACAAAUUCCAGCAAACAUUCAACGAGAGCCUCCUACUCGUUUACAACCUAUGAAUUCUACUGAUUCAUCAGUGAAGUUGAAUAUCAGUAGCACAGCUAAUAUACCAUCUUUAAUGGGUCUUCCAUCUACGUUCUCAAUACCACUUGAACAACAGAUGACAAACAUGAGUAGUUCUAGUAGAAAACGACGACAAAUUCCGGCAUGGUUACGUGAUGAACUUGGACGUAUUGAACGUGAAAAAAAAUUUGAUGAUGAUUCACAAAGUGGAAAAGAAGAUGAAGAUGAAUUUGAAGAGGAUACUGAUGGUAGUCGAUUACAAGAAACGUUUAAUGAUAAUGAUAAAAAUGAGUACGACGAUGAUGCUGGUAGUGAUCGAAGUUUCAAACGUCAAGUGGAUCAAGAUGAAGAAAAGUAUAAGUCAUCAACACCAAUUGUUGAUAAAUCCAGGAGAAGAAUAUCAAAACUUCGUGGAAAAAGUCGAUUUGAACUCGCUGAUCAGUCAGAUGAAGAAAAGUCAACUAAGUUAGAUACUUCAAAAAAAUCAUAUAAUUAUACAAAAACGAAUAAUAAUCGUUCAAUAACUGAAAAUUCUCCUCCAAGAUUAACGUCACCAUCUCGAUCAUCUGUAUCAGAACAUCCAGCAUCAUUGAAAGCUUUGAGAAUUAUAAAAGAGAAAUCUGUUGUGGAUAUUGACGAGAUUGUUGACGAUCCAGAGAAACUUGAAGAAUUUAUGGCUAAAAUUCGUCGAACGUUAACCGAAUUAUUGUUGGAAGUUACCAGUGAAGAAAUGAUUUCAAUAGCCAUAGAGGUACUAAACUUCAACAUCAAAGCUCAAAACGCCCCGCCGUUAAUACGAAAGUCGGAGGCUUUGUCUAGUCUUAUUCAAGGAAUGUCGUCCGAUGAUGAAUCGGAAGAAGACGAAAAAAUAAAUAAAGACCUUAAAGAAGAACAAGACAAAGAAAUUGAAAAUAAUGAGAACAAUAAAAGUAACACGAACAAAUUACGAUUCAAUAGUGAUAAUAAACGGUCAAGAUCUAAAUCACCUUCUGUUUCCUCUCAAAUAUUGACAAAUCAAAAGGUUAUUGAAAAAUUAACAGCUGUAUCAUCUGAACAAAAAUCAUCAAAAGUCGAUUCACCUAAAAAUGAUACGUCAUCAACUAAUAAAAAAGCAAAGAAACGUUCCAAACAUCCGUCCACAUCAUCUUCACGUUCAUCAUCUCAAUCAUCCGGUACGUCUUCAACACGACAUAAAAAGCGAAAAAAACGUAAAUCUACAAAGUAUUCAGUAUCACCACAAAUGAAAAGUAAACAUCGUUCACCAAGUCCAAAACGAAAAUCACAAGUAGAUAAAUCGAUUAAGAAAAAACAUACGGAACGAAAAAGUGAUAGAGAUCGAGUACAUCGAACAACUCGAAAUGACAAAGAUACGUCUAGACGUACUAAUGAUUAUGAGGAUAAUAAUAAUAACAAACGUACAUCAUCUUCCAGUGGAAGAAAACGUUUAUUGCUAUUGUCUAUGUUUAAAUGGUUCAACACGUCUAUACGUACAUGGACUAAUUGUUUACUCUCUCUUCGUCGACAAUAUACCGUGACCGUUAAUAUUAAUGUACGAGAUAUGAUGGUAAAUAUAAAUAAUUUACAUUUUUUGAAAAAAACGGAUACCGUUGCGAUUGUUAUUAAUGAAUCGAUACCAGAACAAAUGUUAGUGGAUACAGUUACUAAUCUUAUUUUGUUUUUUGAACAUCUAAAAAUUCUUUAUUUAAUUAUCUAUGAUUAUGAAGGUCUCGUUAAAAUUCAUAAAAGGACAAUUAUAUCAAAUGUUCAUGAACGAUUCAAAAACGAGAGUAAGUGUAAUACUAAACCACAAUUAUUGACAAAAAUACAUUUUUGUUCUUUAACUGAUUGCAGUUCUGUAUUGACAAAUGUCACACGGAAAGUAUGUGCACAAGUUAAAUCUGGACAAUUACAAGUUGCUCAGAUAGAGCAAAAUAUGAUUGAUCAAUAUUAUAAUGAUAUAUCGGGAGUGUCUGAAAUUAAUUUAGCGUUAAUCAUCGGACCGAUUAAAAGUGCUCUGGGACUAUAUCCAUGGCAAACACGAUUAACCGAAUUUAUAAUGAUUGACUCUUAUAAACAUUUACAAACUCCACAUUCCUUGGUGAAUAUAAUUCGACAAUAUAAUUCCACUGAACAACGACAUGGUCGAUAA